GCUAGGCGCCGCCCCCUCCCGGGCUGCCGGGUGCCUGCGCAGUGAGACCAGGUCAGCGCGCAGGCGCAGUGCAUCGUCCACCCGCCGCUUACAGUCCUCUCUUAGUGUUAACUGGUGAGGUAGAAGGAUGGUGCUGGACCUGGAUUUGUUUCGGGUGGAUAAAGGAGGGGACCCAGCCCUCAUUCGAGAGACGCAGGAGAAGCGCUUCAAGGACCCGGGGCUGGUGGACCAGCUGGUGAAAGCAGACAGUGAGUGGCGACGAUGCAGAUUUCGGGCAGACAACUUGAACAAGCUGAAGAAUUUAUGCAGCAAAACUAUUGGGGAGAAAAUGAAGAAAAAGGAAGCAGUGGGAGACGACGAGUCCGUCCCAGAGAACGUGCUGAAUUUCGAUGACCUCACUGCAGACGCGCUAGCUGCCCUGAAAGUCUCACAGAUUAAAAAAGUCCGACUCCUCAUUGAUGAAGCCAUCCAGAAGUGUGAUGGGGAGCGGGUAAAGCUGGAAGCAGAGCGAUUUGAGAACCUCCGCGAGAUUGGGAACCUUCUGCACCCCUCUGUGCCCAUUAGUAAUGAUGAGGACGCAGACAACAAAGUAGAACGUAUUUGGGGAGAUUGUACAGUCAGGAAGAAGUAUUCCCAUGUGGACCUGGUGGUGAUGGUAGAUGGCUUUGAAGGCGAAAAGGGAGCCGUGGUGGCUGGUAGUCGGGGGUACUUCCUGAAGGGGCCCCUGGUGUUCCUGGAGCAGGCGCUUAUCCAAUAUGCACUGCGUACCUUGGGGAGUCGGGGCUACACUCCAAUCUACACCCCCUUCUUCAUGAGGAAAGAGGUCAUGCAGGAAGUGGCCCAGCUCAGCCAGUUUGAUGAAGAACUUUAUAAGGUGAUUGGCAAAGGCAGCGAAAAGUCAGAUGACAACUCCUAUGACGAGAAAUACUUGAUUGCCACCUCAGAGCAGCCCAUCGCGGCUCUGCACCGGGACGAGUGGCUGCGGCCAGAGGAUCUGCCCAUCAAGUACGCUGGCCUCUCCACCUGCUUUCGUCAGGAAGUGGGCUCGCAUGGCCGUGACACCCGUGGUAUCUUCCGAGUCCAUCAGUUUGAGAAGAUUGAGCAGUUUGUGUACUCAUCGCCCCAUGACAAUAAGUCGUGGGAGAUGUUUGAUGAGAUGAUCGCCACCGCAGAAGAAUUCUACCAGUCUUUGGGGAUCCCUUACCACAUUGUGAAUAUUGUCUCAGGCUCCUUGAAUCACGCUGCCAGUAAGAAGCUCGACCUGGAGGCCUGGUUCCCAGGCUCGGGUGCCUUCCGUGAGUUGGUGUCCUGUUCUAAUUGCACGGAUUACCAAGCUCGCCGCCUGAGAAUCCGAUAUGGGCAGACCAAGAAGAUGAUGGACAAGAAAAAGAAUAAUCUCCGUUUCUCUACACAGAACAAGUUGAAGGCAAUGUCUUCCCUCUUUUCGCCCAAGAAGGUGGAGUUUGUCCAUAUGCUUAAUGCUACAAUGUGUGCUACCACCCGGACCAUCUGCGCCAUCCUGGAGAACUACCAGGCAGAGAAGGGCAUCGCUGUGCCAGAGAAGUUGAGGGAGUUCAUGCCGCCAGGGCUCCAAGAGCUGAUCCCGUUUGUGAAGCCUGCACCCAUUGACCAGGAGCCAUCUAAGAAGCAGAAGAAGCAACAUGAAGGCAGCAAAAAGAAAGCGAAAGAGGUCCCCCUGGAGAACCAGCUGCAGAGCAUGGAGGUCACUGAGGCCUGAGCACUGCCAGACUUACUUACUAAGCCUGCUGGGAUCCCAGGCCUGCCCUGGGACAGAGAGGCCGAGAACCACUCCUCACCCUGUCCCAUCUGACUGCACAGCGGCUGGGGAAACCAUCUGCCGUGGACAGAGCAGGUGUUCCCUUCUCCUCGCACGGGCCAGGGGUCUCUUCACUGAUGACUGGUGAAGCCACGCAAUAAAGCAUCUCUGGGGAGGGCACAAGGCUUCCCCAGUCUCCUCCCCUCCCCAGACUUGAACCUUGUCUCUGCUGGGUCUCCCUGGGCCUGAACUGCUCUCCCAGAUAAGGCUUCUUUGAGAAUGAUUACAGAGCCCUCAGCCAGGGUGUUAGUAAAGAGGUAUAUUUAUUUAGUAAAGGCUUUUUAGAAAGCCUGGAGUUGUAACACAAGUUGUCAGGACAAGGAUUGGGAUUCUCUGUAAAGUUACUCCUGCCUGAAGGCUGUGACGCGCUUAGAGACCAGUAUGAUGGAAAAGCCUGCUAGCACGCACAUACAUUCCCUAGGAAGGGCUUCUCGCAGAGAGAAGGCUGAGUGUGGUAGCUGACACUCCUCCACAGGAGCCCCUAGGUUCCAAAGCACGCGCUGUGGUUAUGAACAGCAGCUUCCGUCUUUACAGCUGUCCCCGCGUGGGGAGAGGCUCGCCACAUAGCAGUCACUUGCUGUAGUGUCAGAGGCAGGGCAGAGGGGUGCAGGACGGGUCUGUCCUCAGGAACUCCCACUGUGUCCUAAUAGCUGGGCACCUGCCCCCCCGGGAAGGCAGUAGUCAGGCUUUCUUCACCAGCUCUCUUUCAUCUGUGAUCUGUAUCCUCCGCUCUAAUGACACCUUAGGUCAGUCUGGAGCUUGCCUUCUAGCAGGUUAAAGCGCUUCCUCUAGAUGCUGCCUUUUAUCUUCGUGUGGCCCCAGAAGGUAGGGUGGGGGCAUGAUUAUACCUGUCCCAGAGUGGGAGAAUGAGGUAGCGUGGCCAGGUGGGAGUCUGGCUCAGAGUGACUUGCAGAGGUUGGGAGCUGAGUAUGACCCUGCUUGUGACAGGGCUUCAGCUCAGCCCACCUCAACUGCUUUGGCCCAGUACCAAGCAAGCAAAGAGGCCGUGUGCUUAUUUCUUCUAGGGAGUUGGUUAACCUUGCUCUUGGUAAGCCUGUCAAAACUGGGUGCCUACAAGGGGGAAACACCGAGGCUCUUCUGCCUGCUGUGGCAGCUGGCUGCCCAGGCAGGCUCCGUGGCCCCUUGGCUUCAGCCCUGGGAAACAGCCUGGACAAGAGGACAAAGAGCCAGGCUGCUCCCAUUUGUGAUUAAUUCACAUUCCCAUAACCUUAACAUUCAGUUAGAAGAAAAGCAGCUUGAACCGUGAUGGGGAGACUAGGCUGUCCCGCUUACAAGUUUGUUAGGAAUAGCUAGGUGGUCCUGUGUUGUCUUGGGCCUGACCUAGGUCUCCACAGCUGCUCCCCCCACCCCCGUCCUCUAACGCCUGUAGCCUUGGGCACAGACAGGGUUCUGCCUUCCUGUAUCCGCUCUUGUCUCCCCUUCACUAGCCAGCUUUACUCUCUACCUUGCCAGUUUCCUGGAGCAGCCUGCUCUUGGACUCUAGACACCCUGAGCAGUCAGUCAUUUCUCCCCACAUCUGUCUUCCCCAGAGAGGGCCAAGUAAUCUUCACAGAAUGUGUGCCUCAUUGCCAAACCAGAGGAGAACAAAAAAAUGGGAGUCUUCCCAUGCUUCAUACAAAUAGAAAACAGACCACUGUCCCAUGCUCUCAGGACAAGAGCUAACUCAGGUUCUCAACCUGUGAGUCGUGACCUCCUUGACAAACCCUUUUCCCAAAAUAUUUACAUUAUGCUUUAUGUAAUUAGCAAAAUUGCAGUUAUGAGGUAACAGCAUGAAUUUUAUGGUUGGGGGCCACCACAACACGUGGAACUGUAUUUAAGGGUUGCAGCAUUAAGAAGGUUAACCGCU